AUGGCGGAAACGAAAGUCGUGUCGUUUGAUGAGUUAUCUGCCCACAACACACCGGAGGACUGUUGGCUUGUGAUCGGAGGGGAAGUGUGGGAUGUUUCCAAGUUUGCUCCUGCGCACCCUGGCGGUUCAUAUUUGAUAUACAAGUAUGCGGCAAAUGACGCGACCGAAGCGUUUUCCGAAGUGCAUGCCUCCACUGUGCUCAGGGAAAACCUCCCCGUGGACUGUUUCAUAGGAGCACUAGAAAGGUCUUCAAUCCCGAAGGAGUGGAACAGUCAACAACAACAGCAGGGCCAGCGCAAGUCCGUAUCAGAGUCCACCGCGGAAGAGAAGCCUCCCCUGCACUCCAUUUUGAACAGCUACGACUUUGACGCCUCAGCAGCUGUAUUUGCCUCUAAGAAAGCUUACACCUUCUACUCAACUGCCGACACGGACUGUUGGACGAGACACGCAAACGAGGCCAUGCUCAAACGAAUCUGGUUCAGACCUAGGGUGAUGAGGAAUGUUGAAUCGAUAGACACGUCAGGAAGCAUGCUGGGCAUUCCAAUGGCGCUCCCACUGUUCAUCUGUCCUACCGGUUUGGCAAAAUUGAUCUCCCCGGAAGCCGAGAACGGCCUUGCCCGGGCGGCAAAGUCAACCGGAAUUCUCGAGAUCAUCUCCACGAGCGCUAGCUAUCCAAUCCAAGAGAUUGCUUCGCAGGCGCCUGGGUAUCCGUUCUUCCUGCAGCUAUACGUGAACAAACAACGACAGAAAUCCGUCGAGCUCCUGUCCAAGGCCAGGUCGAUGGGGAUGAGGGCUAUAUUUGUCACGGUGGACGCGGCAGGGAGAGGGAAACGGGAGUCUGACGAGCGACUAGUGGUUGACGAGAUCAUUGUCAGUCCUGUAACAGGCGAGCAAGUCAAAGCUGACAAGAAGGGCGGAGGUCUGACACGAUCAACCGGCAACUACAUCGAUCAGAGCACGACGUGGGACGACAUCGCCUGGAUCAGGCAACACACCGACUUGCCCAUCGUCCUCAAGGGCAUAGGGUCUGCCGAAGAUGCAAGACUGGCAAUGGCCCACAACGUCGACGGCAUUUUGUUGAGCAAUCACGGUGGCCGGAACCUCGACUACUCCCCUCCUGCAAUCCUCUUGCUAUUGGAAAUGCAUCGAUGUUGCCCGGAAAUCUUCGACAAAAUGGAGGUUUUUGUUGAUGGCGGGUUCCGACGGGGCGCCGACGUUCUCAAGGCGCUCUGCCUCGGAGCGAAAGCGGUUGGAAUCGGCCGGACCUUUCUCUACGCCCUCAACUAUGGCACGGAAGGGGUGGAACAUCUUGUGGAAAUUAUCCAAAGUGAGCUGGAAAGCGCAAUGAAGCUUAUCGGGGCCAAGGAUCUCUCAGAAGUCCAUCCUGGCCUUGUCAACACCUCCGAUGUCGAUCAUUUGGUGCCAGCAAACACCAAUCAUCCUUAUGUGAGAUGGCGCUCAACUCCUAAACUUUAG